AUGAAGAAUAAGCCCACGAGACACAAGGAACGCAACACAUUUAAGUUCCAGCCAUUUUCGGAGCGCAUAGCAAAUAUUGACAUUGAUGUAUUCCACCGCGUCAGGCAUAAGUUUGAGGAUGCUGAUGAGGAUGACACAUACAUGCACCAGUGUCUUCAAAAAUGGAAUGUUUUAAACCUGACCGAUAGUUAUGAUAACUUUAAAAGGGAGCUCCCGAAUGUUCAAACGUUACCGCUUAUUUUAAAUCAAAAAGAAGUGAUUGUUGCAGUAAUCUUGAAACACCUUGCAGCAAAGGAUCCGCUGUCAUUACAACCUAUUUUGGAGUUGGUUGUGGCUCUUGCACAAGACCUUCGUCAAGAGAUUUAUCCUUUUUAUCAGGAUAUUUUACAAAAAUUAAUUCCUUUGCUGUCAAGCAAAGAUGCUGAUCAAUUAGAGUGGACAUUCAAUUGUUUGGCUUACUUAUUCAAAUUCUUGUGGCGAUAUCUGGUAAAAGAUGUGGAUGCAGUUUUUGAUAGCCUGAUUCCUCUUCUUGGAAAUUCAAAGCCACCUUAUAUAAAUAAUUUUGCUGCUGAAAGUUUUGCUUUUAUUGCACGCAAAGUCAAGGACAAAACAGGAUUCCUUGCUUUAAUUUUAAAAACACUCCAAGAAAAACCAGAGGGAGUUUCAGGUUGUGGUCGUUUGCUGUUUGAAGUUAUUAAAGGUGUGUCUGGCCAGUUCCAUAGCUGUGCCGAAACAAUAUUACCUUUAUAUAUGAAGUCAUUAAACAAUGCUGCAUUACCACAGGACUUGUUAUUUGAUGUGUUAUCUCAUUUUAUGACUGCCCUGACCAGUGGAACCCACCCACAGAAAGCAAAUACUUUGUGGACUGCAUUAUUUGAAACAUUGCAGUUUUUCCAGUCAUCUUGGUCCACUGAUCGCAGUCAGCACAAUGAGAAGGCUUUGCUGUACCUGUUGAAACUUUUUUAUCAGUUAGUUCAGCACAAAAAUGGUGUCUUUAUUGUGGAUUCAGGACUGACAACAAAACAUCUGAUUAAUAUUUUAGAGAAGCACAGUCUUCCAGAUAGUGUUUUAUCAGUUGUUCUAGACAUAGGGGCAUGCUUGCUUCUUUCUUCCCAGCUAAGACUUUCUCAAGAACACGCUAGUUUGCUUUUACUGAAGAUUCUUGGCGUGCCACGUCCCACUUUGUGGUUGGAAUUCACUCGCAAGAUAAUGACGUAUUCAGGGUUUGACACUCUGGUUUUACCGCGUCUUCUCCAGUACUGUAAUUCUUGUUUGCCAUCAAAUGAGGAUUGUCACCGAGUCUUAUAUGUUUUAACCCAGCUGUUAUUAUAUAAGGCUCCUCUUUGUGCUUCUGGUUGUGAUCUGGAAAAGUGGCAUGUGUAUCCACUCAACUUUGCACAGUUUGAAAGGUUAAAAACUCGCCAGUCACUUGUGAAAGCAACAUUCUGUGAUUUUGUUAUUGACAUAUUACAAUUUAAAACAGCUGAAGAAUUGGCUUCCCAUUUUGAAGACUGUGUUUGUGCAUUGAUUUGUCUUCCUCAUCUGAUUCCUCAAAAGACAGAUGAGAAAUUUAUAAGUGCUCUCAUUCAUUUGGCAUUCAAAUUUUUGUGUCAAAGCUCUGUUAACAACAACAGCAUGGAAGUAUCAGAGGAAGAAAGAGGAGAAAUGUCAAGAGAUGCUCAAGACUUUGCCACUCCACAGAGUAACAUAUUAAAUGAGGAGCAACUAUUGUAUUUCAUCUGUCUUGCUAUAGAAACAAUGGUACAUAUAAUGAGAGGAGACAAGCUGGAAGAUAUCCUGAAACUUGAAGUAAUAGAUGACUUAUUACCAUAUGCAUGUAAACCAAGGUUUGUAAAUGCAUUGCGAGCAAUUGACAUAUAUCUAACUGCAAUCAAUAUUAGUAAAAAGGAUGAUGAUGUCCGUCUUACACUCCUGAAAAAAUUACAUAACAAACUGGAAAGGAAUCUUUCUUCACCAUUUCACAAGGUCCGGUUCCUUACAGCCCAUAUAUUUACUCUAUUUGAAAGUGAAUCAAAAGAGUCUGAAACAUUGAAUAACAAUGUUCCAACAUCCGUCUUCCAUCUUUGUUUCACUUCAGAGUCGAUACCACCAACUGUUCAAGAUUAUAGACAGAAAUUGCAACAUAUGCAGAAUUUGGAAUAUGAAGCUACAAGAGUUUCUCUGUCACAGAAUUGUGACUUUAAUAAGGUUCCACUACACCACCUGCUUGGCACAUUGUAUAUAAAUUUUCAACUUUUGUGGGAACCAACUGGCAAGUUGAUUUCUUCGUAUGCUCGAGGAAUGCAACUUUCAGACUUCUGGUCUGUCUUUGGUGACCAGUUAAGAUUGGCUGCAGUUCACAUAAAAGCUCCCAUGAAGACUGAAGAUUUAACUGAAAGCUGCUCUUUGUUCAAAAAUGAAUUUCUGCAGUUGUCAUAUGUGUCUCUGAAUGAGAUGAAUGAUAAGCCUGAUUAUGUAAAUUACCGCAUUUUGCUUUGGAAAACAUUUGCAGAAUUCCCAGAAAUAUGUGAAGUAAAAAAUAAGGAAGUAUCUCCAAUUUUCUUAUCUUUCGUGGAGGAUGAAUUUUUUAGAACAAAUGUACAGGAAGCAAAAACUGUGAAUAUUAAAAGAAAAGAUACAGCGUUGCAGACAGAUACACUGACAAAUGAGAAUGAAAGCUCAGGUGACAGUGAAGAAGAACCAGAAGAAGCUGUGGUUCAUCAAGAAAUAACUUUUCCAAAAGAAAGAACAAUGACUGCUAAAGAGUUUGUGAGGACUCUUGCUGCACAUAUGAGUGUCUUUGCAAAACUUCGGAAUCCAAAAGCAAUUUUUAGAGAAUCAGAGUUAAGUAAGUUGUAUUAUGAUCUGCUGAUGCACAAAAAUAAUGAUGUCCAGAAGCUGGCACUCAGCUGCUUGCUUACAUAUAAACACAAGUUUCUUCUUCCAUACCAGCCUAAUUUGUUCAACUUGUUAGAUGAUAAAACGUUCAAAAGCGAAAUAACUAUGUUUCGCAUUGACAAAGAAAGUGACGUAAUUCAAACUGAACACCGUGAGAAACUUAUACCUAUAAUUAUGAGGAUAGUCUACAGUAAAAUGCUGACAAAAACUGGUUCAAAAUCUACAGGCAAAGCAGCAGCACAGCUACGUCGAUCUUUAGUUUUGAGGUUUCUGGCUGGCUGUCAUGAGAACGAACUGAUGAUAUUUGUGCAAAUGGCUUUCAAAAAUUUAAUGGACCACCUAAAAGAUGACACUACUGAAAUGAUUACUACUAUCGAUAAAUCACUAAAUUUGGAAUGUGCACCUAAUCCAAAACAACUACAAAGCUCAGUCAAUCUUUUGGGUGUAGUGUUAGACAAAUUUGGAUCACUUAUGGGACAACAGCUGUUACCAUAUGUAUUAAGAGUAAUACUGUGUGUUGGUGCCAUAGUUAAGGGAUUGUUAGAGAGGAGAGAAAUGAUAUUUCCUGCAUACAUUCCUGCCCUUCGUACUCUUCGUAAUAGUUGCACAGCAGCUCUUAUUCGCUUUUUCUCACAAUUUGAUGAGUUCAUAUGGUCUCCAACUGAAAUCGAUACUGUAUUUGAUGUGUUUGUUUGGCCAUCAUUAGAACGUUUACCAACAGAGGGAGUCCAUAGCCCAACAGCACUUCUUGAAUUAUUUAUAACUUGGAGUCACAAUGCCAGGUAUUUUGUGCUGUUUGCAAAACACUUAAGAGGCAAUCCAGAUGUAAGUCCAUUACCAUAUAUUAUGAAGCUCCUGCUUGGAGAAAAGACACACAGUUCUGUACGGAGCGGAAUCAUAGAAAUAGUGGAGAAUUUGUUAACGUUACAAGAUCAUCAAAAGCAACAAGAAGACAACACAAAAACUGCAGAAGAAGGAGGAAAAUUUGUGCCUCCAUUGCAAGUCAAUUUUGUGCUUCCAUUAGAUGAGGAUGUUGUUUCACAAUUAUCAUUGAACUAUGGGAGUGGCCUGCUGUUGCCACAUGUUCCAGCAAUACUAGAACAUUUGAAGCGCAAGCUGUCAUCAUCAAAAGCAGGCCUUGGUCACCGUGAUUUAGAAGUGCUUGCAAGAGUAUCAGAGCUGGUGCAUGACCCAUCAACGAGUGAGCUCUUGCUGCAACUGUUAUUACCCACACUUAACAGAAAAGCAUCUGCAUCUGAAGAAACUGUGAUUCAACUUUUCACAACUAUUACUAAUCUUGUCAAGAACAUUGCAUACCCAUUGAAAUACCUCAGGUCAUUAGCACCAUUAUUUGGUACAGUCUCUGCUACCGCUCCACGAAAACUUCUCUGUGAUUUGGUAAUGGCUAUUGCAGAAAGAGAUUUAAAGGAACAGAAAAGUGAUGUGGUUAUUAAUGCUCAACUUUUAAUGGAAAUAAAUGCAUGGGAUGCCAGAUGGAUUGAACAACCAGAUUUCAACAGGCGUCUUGAUGGUUUUAAAAGAGUCAAAGAAAUGUUAUCUGAAGGGAAAAUCAACCUUGACUUUGGUGUGAUGAUAAUUCACAACUGUUUCCACAUCUUAAAAUCAGAAAAGGACAUGUCUCUUAGAGAUAGUGCUGGAUACUGCCUACGAAAUUUGGCACCUGUUAUGUGUCACAAACAUUCAGACAUCUCUGCAGAAAGAGAAUUUCUCAUCAGUGACACCCUCCUAAACUUGAUUAGGCAGGGGAUAAAAGAUUUUAAUGAAGUAGUUAGACAUGAAUCAUUAUGCUUACUUGGAGAAUUGGCUAGGCAGUGUGAAGAAUUACAUCCAGUUUUACGAGACCUCUCCAAGCUAAGCAGCAAGACAGAUCCAGAAGUGGACUUCUUUGAAAAUAUAGUUCAUUUGCAGAGUCACAGGAAAGCAAGAGCUUUACUGAAGUUCUGUGAGGUGGCAAAAGGCCUUGUAAAACCACCAACUCCUCGGACAUUGACUCAUUUUAUUCUUCCAUGUGCAUCGCUUUUUCUUUGUUCAGAAAAGUUUGCCAACAAAAAUAGUCUUGUUGAUGCUGCAAUUCAGGCAGUUGGCAUGGUUUGUCGUCUUCUUCCUUGGCACCAGUAUGAGACUGUACUUAGGUUUUAUCUUGGAAAGAUGCGUGUAUCUGCUGAAUUCCAAAGACAGCUGGUGCGAAUCAUCAUAGCAAUUCUGGAUGCUUUCCAUUUUAAUCUUGACAGAGCUGUGAACAAUGCAGGAAAUGAUGUGAAAAUGAGCAGCCUUGAAAAUGCAGCAGAAGGUGCAGCAAGUGAUGAAAAGGACAAAAUAAUGCUAACGGCAGGUCAUGAGGAGGCUGAGAAAGACAGUGUUAUUCAUUCGGAACACCAGUCAUCUGAUGAAGAGAAAACGGAUGAAGUUGUAAUGGAGAAGGACUUGGAUACAUUGCUGGAUAGUUGUGAAAAUGAACAGAUGGAACUUGAAACUGGAAUACCAGAAAAUAAGACAUUUGCUGUUGACCAAGAAGCAAAACUUCCAAAGUCAGCAGCAUCACGAGUGGUCAGCACAAUUACCAACAGCCUGCUUCCACAGUUACAACGGACAAUUGGGCAGCGAUCAGUAGCAGAUACUUUACAUAAACUAAAUCGACGACAAACUGGUCCAGACCAAGAUGAGGAGGACGUCUUACGUGUUCCAGUAGCCUUGGCAUCUGUCAAACUUCUACAGAAACUUCCUCAACAUGUGCUUGAUCAACAUUUACCAGGGAUUUUUAUGAGACUGUGCACUUUCCUGAAGUCUCGUAUGGACAGUGUGCGUCGUAUUGCAAGAGAAAUUCUCCAGAAGAUCAUGGUGACACUUGGACCAUCCUACCUCAGUGUCUUACUAUCUGAAAUGUCAUCACUUCUCACAAAAGGAUUUCAAGUGCAUGUCCUUGUUUACACUGUUCAUUCAGUACUUGUUGUAAUGAAAGAUAUGUUCCGGGCUGGCGAUGUAGAUAACUGUCUUCAGUCCAUACUUGAGCUUUGCAAAUUGGAUUUGUUUGGAGCUUCUGCAGAGGAAAAAUCUGUUUCACAGAUUACUGCAAGGUUUUUCGAGGCGAAGUCUACUAAAAGUUAUGAUAUGUUUCAUAUUGUGUCGCAGUGUAUAAGUGAAAAAUGUCUCACUGAUCUGUUGUUGCCCCUUAAAGAGGUAUUGGUUCAAUCACAUAAUCACAAAAUUGUGAACAAGGUUUCUGAGUGCUUGCGACAAGUUGCAAUAGGAUUAUCAGAAAAUAAUUUCGUCUCUGCUGAAUCUCUCGUUAUAUUUGUGUAUGGAGUCACAUCACAGUCAAUUCCUGAGCUGUCACCUGAGCUAAAGAAGGAAGAAAUUUUUGAAACUGAGAAAGAAAAAUUAUCAAUUCAGAGGCCAGAUUCAUUUUUAAUUCCUGAAGCACCUAGAAGCCGGUCUGGGGCUACAAAUGUGAAAGCAAAGACUUCAUCACAAGCUAAUGCCCACGUGCUGGUAGAGUUUGGUCUUAGACUGUUUCAUAUACUUCUAAAAAAGGAGAGGCUGAAGUCACAAUAUUAUAAGCAAUUUUUGGAUCCUAUGGUUUCUAUUUUACAUGACUGUUUGAGAUCUCAGCAUGUCAAGAGAAGCACACAAGCUCUUCAGUGUUUGUCUUGGAUCCUUAAAAUGGAUCUGCCUAGUAUUAAAACUUAUGGGAAAGAAUUGACUACAUCAAUUUUUACUAUUCUUCAUAAGUAUGCAGUUUCGGGAAUAAGCAAAGGAGAUAAUUAUGACUUAGUAGCAGCAGCAUUUAAGGCAGUGACAGUGCUGGUUCGUGACGUGGAACAAAAUAUCUUGAGUUCUGACCAGCUGAAAGCUUUGUUACUGUACGCAGAAAAGGAUAUGCAUGAUUAUCAGCGACAGGCAACAGCAUUUGGAUUGUUGAGAGCAAUUCUGGUACGCCGUUUCAUUGUGUCUGAAAUUCCAGAAGUAAUGCAGAAAGUUGCUGCUCUUAGUAUAACAUCUGAACAUUCCCACGUACGGAUGCAGGCAAGACAGGUUUUUCAUCAGUACAUUAUGCAUUACCCAUUGGGAAAGAAGCUUGAUCACCACUUGUCAUUCUGUUUUGCACAACUGAGAUAUCCAAUCCAGUCUGGGCGUGAGUCUGCUCUGGAAAUGUUAGAAAUGAUUGUAACAUCAUUUCCACAGGAGAUGCUGGAAGAACAUGGUGCACUGUUUUUUAUAUCUGUUAGUCCACAACUCGUAAAUGAUGAGUCACCAGACUGUAGGAAAAUGGUUGCAAAAUGUAUCAAGACAAUACUGGAACGUUUAGGAAAGAGUGGUCGUAAUAGUCUCUUUGAAAUAGUCAUGGUGUGGCUUCAGGAACCAAAGGUGAAACAUCGACAGCUGGCUGCACAGCUUUGUGGCUUAUUUGUUCAAGCUGAAAAGCAAGAAUUUGAAACCCGUUUUCAAGUAGUGCUGCCAGUUCUGUUACAGCAGUUUGGUAGAGGUUUUGAAGAUAAUCGACCAGGUAGAUUUGUUCGCGUUGUUCCUGCAGCAUCAGAUGCUAAUAGUGAAACUAAGAAGGAACAGAAGGAAAUAAGGAAUGAUCACCUGCUUUUUCAAGUACUUCAGACCCUCCUAAAGAUAUGUGAGCAUUGUCCAUCUUUCCUAAAGAGCAACAAUUGGAAGUAUGAAGUUGAAGGUUUUGCAGAAAAUGCAAAGUUGCUGCUAUCACAUGAGCAUGAGUGGGUCCGUCUGGGGGCAGCACAGUUCCUGGGCUUUGUCUUUGGUUCACUUGACCCACAAAGAUUGGCCUUUCAUGUAUGUAAAAAGACUAACAGUGAUGAGGGAAAUUAUAAUGGCUGUGGUUUCCUGAACAAUUCUGGAAAACUUAGAUCCCUAAUAUUGGAUCUGUCUGCCCAACUGCAACCUGUUGAAAUAUCAGAUGACUUUGUUGAACAGGUGGUUAAAGAUUUGGUUUAUUUGGCGAGGGUCCUAAAAUAUUUAGAGGAAGAAGAUGUUCCAGAAGUCGUAGUAUUUGGUUCAGAGCAACAGAUGUCAGAUGAUGAGGAACAAUAUAAAUCAAAAUUAUCUCUUGUAUGGAUGAUUCGGCGAAUGAGAAGAAUUUUAAAUAAUGAGAUAAUACAUUCACCACAAUCCACUACACUGCAAAAGGCUGUUUUCAAAUGGAUUGGAGCUGUGGCAGUCGAUCUGGGGAAAGAAAAGCUUCCGUUGUACUUGCAUCAUCUUCUUCCCCCUCUGGUCCGUGUGCUAACAAGUUCUGAUGAUUCAAAUUCUGAACUACGUCGCCUAGCUAAAGAAGUAGCAGAUAUAAUUAAGAAGAAAGUGGGUACAGAUGAAUACACUCAUCAUUUUACAAAGCUUCAGAUGUCACUAACUGCACGUCGAGCUGACAGGAAAAAAAUCAGAGCUCAAGAGGCUGUGACAGAACCACAGAAGGCUGCAAAACGAAGAAUUAAAAAGCAGUUAAAGAGGAAGGAUAGCAAAAAGAAGAAGAUAAGUGCCUUUAAAGGAAAACCAGUGAAGAGAAAACACAGUGAUAAACUAUCCAUUGAUGAAAUUAUAUAAGUUUUAUGUAACAAAUGCAUAAAUUUUGUAUAUUUCCAGAAAAUUUUGAAUAUUAAGUAUGUGUAAUGUAAAUAAGUCAUUGAGAAGUGUAAAUAUAUUUAUUUUUUAGUA